CGGCCGCAAUGCCUCCCUGGCACGCGCUUGGAAAUACUGGAACGGGCCGUGGAGUGGGCAUUGUCAGAUUCAAGUCAGAACAUUUUCUGGCUGUACGGCGUCGCAGGAUCUGGCAAGAGCACUGUUAGCACGACAAUUGCGGAACAUUUCCGUGGCAUAUCCCGUCUUGGUGCUCAUCUAUUUUUUGAACGAGGCAAGAGUGAGCCGAGCUCUGUCAUCUGCACACUCGCUUAUAAACUAGCCUUAUUCGACUCUUCCGUGGCUCGACAUGUUCUCGAGGCAAUUGAACAAGACAACGACAUUGCUUUAGCUCCGGGGUCGACCCAGUUUGCGAAACUCAUUAAUGAUCCUCUUGUCCAGGUUGGCAAGGCAAUGCAGGGACCAGUCAUCAUUGUUCUCGACGCACUGGAUGAAUGUGGAACGGGCAGCAGCCGAAAGCACUUGCUGGAACUCCUCCGAGAAAGACUUCCCACUCUUCCCAGGAACUUCCGAUUUUUCAUCACGAGCAGAAGGGAACUAGACAUCGAUCGAGCAUUUUCUUCCCGACUUGAGUGCAUUUGCGCCGUUGAGCUAGUACACGACUCGACAACGUGCAAGGAUGACGUGCAUCGGUAUAUUGAUUACGAGAUGCGCAAGGUGUUCGCGAAAAAUACACUGCAGAUCUCAGGUGAUUGGCAAACGAAGAUGGACCAUCUCGGAGGAGCAGCGGAUGGCCUUUUUGUCUGGGCAUCAACAGCGGUGAAAAUGGUGGAUUGCGAUGACCCAAUUCGGAAAUUGAAAGAAUUGACGUCUCGGUCACACAACUUGUCGGGGCUCAACCAUCUAUACAACUCUGUUCUUAGAGAUUCAGGCAUCUUGUUUGACGACGAAGCAUCCAAGACUCGCUUUUCGCGAAUACUCGGUCUUAUCAUUCUCGGCAAAUACCCACUCACCGAUAAUAUGAUCGACGAGCUUCUUGGGUAUUCGGACGAAAGACCAUCACGUCUUACUCUUUCUCGCUUACGGUCCGUCCUCGUGUAUACACCUGGAACUCCAAUUCGCUUUUGCCAUACGUCGUUCCGUGACUAUUUAUUGUCACCAGAUUGCAAGAGCGACCCGUGGUUCAUAGAUCCCGAGGCUCAAAAUGAGUUCAUCACUUCGCGAUGCUUUGACGUCAUGAGGGACAAGCUGCAGUUCAAUAUCUGCGACAUAGAGUCAUCAUAUAUCUCUAAUGAUCGGAUCCCUGACCUUCCCGACCGUAUCAAGGCGAAGAUUCCCCCACAUUUGGACUAUGCCUGUCUCUUCUGGAGCCAACACUUGCAGGACUUGCAAUUCACGCAUGCAUUGCUGGGUGUCCUGACGGAGUUUCUUCAUGAACGUCUGUUCUAUUGGCUCGAGGUGAUGAGUCUCUUGAGGAGGGUCAACAGUGCUAGUCCAGCGUUCCUUCGUGCCAUAAAUUGGGUCUCGUCACGUAAUGCGGAAGUGCUGGCGUUCCUGAGAGAUGCGCGUAGAAUAAUCACUCGAUUUGCGUUACCUAUCUCGGAGUCCAUACCUCAUAUCUAUACUAUCAUGGUUUGGGACAUUGAGAGUAGACAAGCCGUCAAGUGUCUCGAAGGUCAUGUGGGCGCUGUGAAUUCUGUUGCACUCUCCCCUGAUGGAAAGCACAUUGUCUCAGGUUCCGACGACGAGACUAUUCGAAUCUGGAACGUUGAGAAAGGACAAACCAUUUGUGACCCUCGUGGAGGUCACGUAGAUGCUGUCUGGUCUGUCGCUUUCUCUCAUGACGGUACACGCGUCGCCUCAGGUGCUGCGGACAACACAAUUCGGAUCUGGGAGAGUGGACAAUGUUUAUCGGUACCUUUCGAAGGACACGAUGAUGAAGUUUGUUCUGUCGCUUUCUCACCAGAUGGGAAACGCGUCGUCUCUGGUUCCGAUGACCGGACUAUUCGAAUAUGGGAUGUUGUAACUGGUCAGGUUGUUUGUGGGCCUUUGAAAGGGCAUACUGACUAUGUACGGUCUGUUGCAUUUUCUCCCGACGGAACCCGUGUCGUGUCAGGCUCUGAAGAUGGCACAGUCCGAAUCUGGGAUGCCGAAAGUGUGCAUGUCGUUUCUGGGCAUUUUGAAGGGCACGUAGAUGAAGUCACUUCUGUUUCUUUUUCGCCCAGUGGGAGACUCAUUGCUUCUGGCUCUGAUGAUACGACGAUUCGAAUCUGGGAGGCUGAAAGUGGGAAAGCUGUAUCUGGACCCUUCAAAGGGCACUCAAGUUAUGUUUUAUCUGUUGCCUUCUCGCCGGAUGGAAGGAGACUUGCCUCCGGUUCUAGCGACCGAACAAUCCGAGUCUGGGACACCGUACGCGGGAAUAUAGUUUCCGGACCUUUCAAAGGACACGAAGAGCAGGUCUUCUCUGUCUGCUUCUCGUCCGAUGGGACACGUAUUGUGUCCGGCUCAGAAGACCAAACGCUCCGAAUCUGGGAUGCCCAUAGUGGAGAAACAAUUUCAGGUCCUUUCAGAGGGCAUGAAAGCUGGGUUGUGUCCGUUGCUUUCUCGCCUGACGGGAGACGUGUUGUCUCUGGCUCUGGCGACAAAACAAUCAUAAUCUGGGAUAGCGAAAGUGGGGAAGUCAUCUCUGGGCCCUUGAGAGGACAUACAGAUUGGGUUUGGUCGGUGGCAUUCUCGUCCAACGGCACACGCGUUGCUUCCGGAUCUGAUGACACAACCGUCUUGAUCUGGAACGCUGAGAGCGGACAGGUCGCGGCUGGACCUUUAAAAGGACAUACAAGCUCGGUUCGGUCAGUUGCCUUCUCCCCCGACGGGGCACGCGUCGUCUCGGGUUCCAAUGACAGGACAAUCAGAGUUUGGGACACUGAGAGUGGACAGGCUAUUUUCGAACCCUUUGAAGGGCAUACUUCGUUCGUCGUGUCUGUUGCAUUCUCACCUAAUGGAAGACACAUCAUAUCUGGAUCACGGGAUCAUACAAUCAGAAUGUGGAAU